AUGAGGAAUGGAGAUUACGUCCCGACCCGCUGGGAUGCACAGGCGGAUGCCGUUCAGGUCCUCUUUGAUGCCAAGACCAGCUCGCACCCCGAGAAUAUGGUCGGUGUCAUGACGAUGGCGGGCAAGAGCCCUGAAGUACUUUCCACGCUCACACAGGAUAUCGGAAAGGUGUUUGCGGCCCUGCACAGCUCCAAGCUCGCUGGGUCCGUCCACCUUUUGACUGGUAUCAACGUCGCGCAGCUCGCACUCAAGCACCGACAGAACAAGAACCAGCGCCAGCGCGUCGUGGCAUUUGUUGGAUCACCAGUGGCUGACACAGAAGAAAGUCUCGAGCAGCUUGCCAAAAAGCUGAAGAAGAACAACGUGGCUGUCGACAUCGUGUGCUUUGGCGAGUUCGAAGAGAACCGCGCCAAGCUUGAAAAGUUCAUCGAUACUGUGAGCAGCAACGAUAACAGCCACUUCCUCGUCGUUCCUCCUAAUGAGCGCCCUCUCUCGGAUACCCUGCUCUCCUCGCCCCUCGUGAUGGACAGUGACGCAGACGCUGGUCCAUCGGGCAGCGCGAACGCCGGCGGCAGCCAGGCCUUUGAAUUUGGCGUUGAUCCCAACGCCGACCCGGAGCUCGCGAUGGCCCUCCGCCUCUCCAUGGAGGAGGAACAAGCCCGGCAGCAGGCGGCCCAGGGAUCUGCGCAGGACAGAGACAACACGACCGACGAGCAGGCCAUGAACGAGGAUCACACCCUUGCACCCGAAGACCGCCAACCAGCAGAGGGCGCGGCUGGCUCGCUCGUCCCCGUUGACGCUCCGCCACUCACAGGCACGGCCAACCUCGACACGGACAUGGCUCGCCAGGCAGAGAGCGAGGAGGCACUCCUCCAGCAAGCACUUGCUCUCUCAAGAGGCGAUGCUCCCGCUGAGGAAGACGUGGCUAUGAAGGAAAACUCGGAGCAAGAACCUCGCGCUACCGUCGCAGGUGCCAAUGAGGGCGAUGACGAUGAGGAAAUGUCCGAGCAAGAGGCCAUUGCUCGUGCUAUUGAAAUGAGUCUAAAGGACUCUCAAGAUCCACACCAAUAG